AUGUCCAAUCUCAUACACACAAGAACCAGAACAAUACUGCUUGUAUUGUUUCUCCUCCAAGUAUUGGUGGUAUUAAAAGUCAAUGCAUCUAAUUUUGGUACACUCUACACAACUACAUCCAAAUCAUCAAGUUAUUCCUUUUCUGGAGCAACUUCUUCAUGUUCAUUAACCUUAACCAUUGAUAGAAAUUCAACACAAUCAUUAUCUUUUACACUUUCUAAAUAUCCUGUAUCUGGUUAUACUAAUCGUGUACCUGAUAAUGCACAUACUUUAUUAGGUGUUUAUGGUAUAUCUGUUAAUGAUUAUGGUAUGAAUACUAACGACACACAAUUGACUUAUUAUUUCACAUGUUCAAAUGGUAUUUUAAAUGUCAAGCCUCAAAAUAUGGGAAUUUUCACAUUGGCACCUGUUAAUUACUUUUUAGAUACUGGAGCUAGUCCAAUAAGUCCAACAACUAUUAGUUAUUCUGUUAAACUCUCAGCAAAAUCAGCUGGUUCAACAAUUGGAUUUUUAGCAGUUGUUGAUAGUGGAAGUGCAAAUAUUGGAUAUUACAAUUAUUUUUAUGGACCUUAUCAAUUUAAAUAUAAUAUUGCAACUAAUAAUUAUGGACAAGUUACUGAAACAUUGAACUAUCAAUUACCAAAUGUUCUUCCAACUUUUGAUUCAUAUGCAUUUGCACUUUCUAAUACUCAACUUUCCUAUCAAUCAAAUGAUUAUACAACAUUAUAUUCUUACAAAAUUACAAAAGUAUCCAAUCCAAAUGGUUAUGGAGCUAAUUUACAAUAUAAUUUCCAAUAUGGAAAUAAUUUCAAAGAUAUGAAUGGAAAUUCAAUUAUCAUUCAAAAGAGUUCACUUUCAUGCAUAUGUUCAACAGAUGGAUAUACUUCAUUAAGUGUUUCUUCAAGCUAUACAUCAACAUCAUUGACAUGUAAUUAUAUUAAUUCAGCAUGUCAAUAUAUUUCAAUUAUUGCUAAAACUAUUCCAAGUGAAAGUAGUCCAAAUCCAUCAACAUCCACUGCCAUUCAAAUGUAUCAAGGUGUUUAUGUCUAUACAGGUGUAAUUACAAAGAAAUAUUAUUACAAAAUUAAUGUUCCAUCUUAUAAUACUUUGAAAUUGAAAAGUAUUUCAUUGAAAUCAUCAAGUGAUGGAAGUGGUUAUGUUACAAUCAAUUCAGAGAGUACUUCUUAUACAAGUGAGAAGGUUUAUGUCUAUUCAUCAAGUCAAUUUUCAUCACUCUCCUAUACUAAUUAUAAUAGUUAUACUAAAACUAUUUAUGUAACUGUUGAACCGUACUUAUCAGAAACUAGUAUUGAAUUUUAUCCUUCCAUUACUAGUGCUGCUACUGGUUAUGGAAAUGGUUUCCCAGUCUAUAUCAUCUUUGCAAUUGCUGGACCAUUAUUUAUGGUAUUUUCAAUUGUUGCUGUUAUUGUUACAAUUAAGAAGAAUUCCAGACAACAUCAACAUCAACAAAUAUAA